AUGUACCGCAAAGGCCCAGGAUUGGCUGCAGAAGUCAUAUUGCCUCGCAUUCAGAACGGGAAGACCAAGGCAUCCUUUCCACUGACUUCAAAACCGCCACCACCACAACCAAAAAGAACCAGCAGACUCAUCCAAAUCCACAACAGCGGGAUUUCGGUCGAGCUAACCUUGGGCUCCAAAGGACAGCGUCGGUCCAUGAGUUCAGCAGCCAGUGAUACGUAUCCUCAAACUGCUCCCGCUCCACCGCUUCAAGUCUACAGUGCACUCGAUAAAGGAUGUUUGGACUACUCCAAAAGUUGGGCCUGGCAACACACUCUGUUGAGUCGGCGACUGGCCAUGCGACGAGCUUUACAAGAAAAUGAUAGUGAUUGUGUUUUGUUGUUGGAACAUGCCCCCGUCUACACAUUGGGACGAGGAUCAGACGAAGGACAUAUAACCUUUUUGUCAACCUCUGCAAAUGAGCAAGAAGAAUUGUUGCGAGUAGAGCAACGGCAGCAAUUGUCUCGGCGGGCACGGGGUCCUGGGACAGCUCGAUUGGCAGUUGAUCGACGAGUAGAUGAUGUGGUAGGUAAUUUGCCCUUGGAUGAAGCCAUUCAACAGUUGUCAGACAUGGCCAGUCCAGUACUCGCACCAAAUGGGGUUCCCAUUUUUCGAGUCGAACGAGGCGGAGAAGUGACCUGGCACGGCCCUUCUCAGCUUGUAGUCUAUCCGCUUUUGGAUUUGCAACGGGAGCCAUAUCAAAAGGAUCUUCAUUGGUACUUGCGAAUGAUAGAAGAAGUGGUGAUUCAGACUUUGAAACAUUACGAUAUUGACGGCGACAGAGACGAGGAGAACACGGGAGUAUGGGUAAAUGAUGAAAAGGUUGCUGCUGUAGGAAUAUCUUCCUCUCGAUGGAUCACCACCCAUGGUUUUGCCUUGAAUCUGGAUCCCAAUUUGGAAUACUUUGAUGCUUCCAUGAUUGUUCCUUGUGGAAUUGAAGGCAAGGGCGUCACGAGCAUUGCCAAAAUUAUGCGGGAACGCGGAGACGCUAGAAUUCCUGGUCUGCAGGAAGUAGCAGUAGUGGUGCUGGAAGCCAUGAUGGAUGUCUUUCAACUGUCGGAUCUACAGGUUGCGGAAUCUCCAAAGUUGGACAACAGCAACAACAAGAGUCAAUAA